AUGGUGCAGGAACGUUGGCGCCAUGGAGGUAAGGUCGGCCAAAUCCUGGUAAAACAAAGCAGGAAAAUGGGUGUCACCUACCACCUUGCCACACCAGCCGCUGUCCACGCAGAAAAUGAUUGUCAUGCGACCAUAGCCACUCCAAUGCAUGGUCUUGUGACGUCGCAUCACAUUGUUGCAUCGUCCCUUUCUCUCCUGGUCAAUUUUAGCACCCAGGAGGCUGAGGCUGAAUCCCUUUUCCAGAGGGGACAUAGCGUGACCGAGAAUUCAACUGCACUGGAGCAGUUUGGAUCAUGUCCACGUCAUGCAUCGGUCACGCCGCGGCGCUUUGAUCGCGGGGAGAUUUUUCUUGUGUCUGGGCAUGUCACCUCUGCAACCAACCAGACCUCCCAGGCCUCGCACUCCGGUCAGGGCCUGACGCACAAUGGUCCGCGGCGCAGCAAGGCUGAUACCGUUUCUGCCAUGCAGAGGCAUUUUUUUCAUCGCGUACCAUCUCAACGAGUGGAGGCCACCUAUCACCGUCGGGCACCACAGGUGAGAAACAUCGGGUUUGCCGACCGAUUGCGAAAGGGAGAGAUUAAGGACAACAAGACCAAGGCACAGAUAUGA